AUGAGGUUCGGUGGUGUGGUAUCAUUAGUGCUAGGAUUUAUUGUUUCAGUGCUGGCUGGUCCACUUCAUCCACGCGCAGCUAGCUCAACGCAGCAGCCUGUGGAUGUUACAUACAAAAUUGAGCCAUUCACACAAGCGGCCGGUCUGGUCCAACAGACGUACUGUAGCCCUAGCUCGUACGAACCUGGCUUGCAGCUUGGUGAUGCCACCUUUUUGUGGAGAAUUGGUGAUGGUGAUCAACGUCAACGUGUAAAUCUAUAUCAUUCCGAGAGUCUUGGUAUUGCAGUAGCAAUUCAAGGUACAAAUGGAUCUUCUACACGCUCAAUAUUGAAUGACUUUCAAUACAAUCCAUUUGAUCCGGAUGAGCGUUAUUCACAGUACUAUCCUAAAGGUGCUAAAAUUAUGAAUGGUUUUCAAAUCGCCUACGUGAAGCUUGUCGAUGACAUCUUUCGCGCGUUGAAAAAAUACAAAAGAGAAAAAAAUGAAUCUCGCGUUACGGUCAUCGGCCAUUCUCAGGGUGCAGCUAUUGGACUUUUGGCGGCCAUGGAUAUUGAACUCCGUCUUGAUGGUGGUCUCUUCAGGUCUUACUUGUUCGGCUUGCCGCGUGUUGGUAACCCUACGUUUGCUUCAUUUGUAGACCGUACGAUCGGUCAUAAACUUCGUUGGGCAAUAAAUGGUCGUGACUGGGUCCCCACAGUUCCGAUUCAUAUCUAUGGCUACCAGCAUCCGUCAAAUUACAUCUGGAUCUACCCGGGCAAUUCAACUAAUUGGAAACUCUAUCCAGGUCAAGAAAAUGUACAUGGGAUUCCCACAGUUCCUCGGGUAUUCAAUAACAAUGAUCAUCAAGGCAUUUACUUUCAUACCCAGAUUGGCGGUGUGGAUGGCGAAUGUCCCGCUCGUGUUGGAGCCCAUUGA